AUCGGGGUGUUUUUUUUUUCUUUCCUAAAAAACAUGAGCGAUGCUUGCUCGUUAAACUAUCGAUUUGGAUGAUGCAGGAGUUUUGUGUGGCUUGGAUUUCCUCGGGGUUGCGUGGCAUCACAGUUCGUGUGCAUUCGUUUUCUCGCCUCGGAAAGUGGCUUCAUGAGUGUCCAAAGUAACAGUGGCAGUGGUGGAAGUUUGGACGGACCGCCAUCUUGGUCCCAGCUAUCUACAUCUCCGACCCCGAGCCAGCUUUCUCAACAAAAUAUCUCGGCUCCGGCGAAGGCUAAAGAAGGUGAUUUGAAUGAGCUUCACUCUCUGGACCCACGCAGACAGGAGCUGUUGGAGGCUCGGUUUAUCGGCACCGUUAGUGGCAGCACUGGGGGCAGCACAGGUAGCGCCAGUGGAGGAGCCAAGGCUUUGACCAAUAAUGAGAGUUCCAACCACAGUUUUGGGAGUCUGGGGUCAUCCAGUGACAAAGAGUCAGAGAACUCGGACAUGAAGAGAGGAGGCUCACCAGCAUAUUCAACUCCUGAGAAGAAGCACUCUGAGUCGUCCAGAGGAAGGAAGAGGAAAGCUGCUGACAACCAAUCAGAGAGCAGCCAAGGGAAGUCUUCCGGCCGCGGGCCCAAGAUCAGCGAUUAUUUUGAUUACCAGGGAAAUGGGUCCAGCCCAGUCAGGGGUCUCCCCCCUAUUCUCCGCUCCCCCCAGAACUCUCACUCAGCCCCGGCUUCUGUCGUGAGACAAAACAGCUCUUCUCCUACCAGCCUGUGUUUCACUGAUCACAUGAUGAACAUGAAACAGCUCAGCAGCAAGAGCGUACAGACUGAUCUGACCAUUAUGAAACUAGCUGUGAUGGAGAGCAAUAAAAACCAGGACCUGGAGAAGAAAGAGGGAAGAAUAGAUGACCUGCUCAGGGUAAACUGUGACCUGCGGAGGCAGAUUGAUGAACAGCAGAAGUUGUUGGAAAGAUACAAAGAACGAUUAAACAAAUGUAUCACAAUGAGCAAGAAACUCCUCAUCGAAAAGAGCACUCAGGAGAAGCAGUCAUGUCGGGAGAAGAGCAUGCAGGACCGACUGCGACUGGGCCAUUUCACCACGGUCCGACACGGAGCGUCCUACUCCGAACAGUGGACCGACGGAUAUGCCUUCCAGAACCUCGUCAAACAGCAGGAGUGGGUAAACCAGCAGAGAGAAGACAUCGAGAGACAGCGGAAACUUUUAGCCAAACGGAAACCUCCGAGCACACCCGCCUCUCAAAGCCCCGCCCCUUACGCCGAACCCAAACAGAGAAAGGCCAAAGCUGUCAACGGAGCAGACAGCGACCCCUUCGUUAAGCCUAGCCUUCCCACGCUGUUGACUGUGGCUGAGUACCAUGAACAGGAAGAGAUCUUCAAACUCAGACUGGGCCAUCUCAAAAAGGAGGAGGCAGAGAUCCAGGCUGAGCUGGAGCGUUUAGAGCGCGUGAGAAACCUUCACAUCAGAGAACUGAAGAGAAUCAAUAAUGAGGACAGCUCACAGUUCAAAGAUCAUCCCACACUGAAUGAGAGGUAUCUUCUCUUACACCUGCUUGGUAGGGGAGGCUUCAGUGAAGUUUAUAAGGCCUUUGACCUUAUGGAACAACGUUAUGCUGCGGUUAAGAUUCACCAACUCAACAAGAACUGGAGAGAAGAGAAAAAAGAGAACUACCAUAAACAUGCCUGUCGAGAAUACAGAAUUCACAAGCAGCUGGACCAUCCCAGAAUAGUCAAACUCUAUGACUACUUCUCCCUGGAUACGGACACGUUUUGCACGGUGCUGGAGUUCUGUGAGGGGAACGAUCUGGAUUUUUACCUGAAGCAGCACAAGCUGAUGUCAGAGAAAGAGGCUCGGUCCAUCGUCAUGCAGAUCGUCAAUGCACUCAGAUACCUCAACGAGAUCAAACCGCCAAUCAUCCACUAUGACCUCAAACCAGGUAACAUCCUGUUGGUGGACGGCACGGCGUGUGGAGAGAUUAAGAUCACGGAUUUCGGCCUGUCCAAAAUCAUGGACGAUGACAACUAUGGCGUGGACGGUAUGGACCUGACCUCUCAGGGAGCUGGAACCUACUGGUAUUUACCUCCAGAGUGUUUUGUCGUCGGUAAAGAACCUCCAAAGAUUUCAAAUAAAGUCGACGUCUGGUCCGUGGGAGUUAUUUUCUUCCAGUGUCUAUACGGACGAAAGCCGUUUGGCCAUAACCAGUCUCAACAAGACAUCCUUCAGGAGAAUACUAUCCUCAAAGCCACUGAGGUCCAGUUUCCAGCCAAACCUGUGGCUAGCAAUGAAGCCAAGGCAUUUAUCCGGCGCUGUCUUGCCUACAGGAAGGAAGAUCGCUACGACGUCCAACAGCUUGGCAGUGAUUCCUAUUUGCUUCCUCAUAUGAGACGAUCCAAUUCGUCAGGAAACCUGCAGGCCAUGCCCUCUAGUCCCGCCUCUUCUGGCAUCAUUUCAUACUGAUUGGCUGAGUGAACGAUUGACGGUUGAAAUGGCCAUUCCCCUCGCCUCUCCGCUCCUCAUGUAGAGGGGGAAGGAGGAAGGGGCCGUGUAUAAGUGAUAGAAUAUGCCAGCCCCUCCCCUCUUGACACAGCUGGUCGUCAUGGUGACUGAGAGGGUGGCUGAAGUCACUUCCUGCAUGAGCUCUGAUCUUAUUGGACAGUUGAGUGUCAGUGAUGGAAUGUUUAAAAAAAAAAAAUGGACGUUUGUUUUGUGAUGAGGUGAUUUUUGGAAAACUGUAAAAAGAAACAAAAAAAAAUUGUGGGGGGAAUUUUUUUUUAAAUUCCCCAGAGGUUACAGGUGCUAGAGGGGACAUGGCUUUAACAAAAAGAGGGGAUACUGACUGAUCAUACCCUGUGCUACUCCACUACAUGGUGUGUGUGUGCGUGAACAUGUGUUAACAUAUAAACCAAUGUGUGUUAUCUGGUCUGUCCGAAGAUUAGAUCAUGUCAGUGAGACAUGCUAGCAUAAACAUGUGUGUGAGUGAGUGUGUUGUUUGCAAGUGAGUCAAUGCAUUUGUGUCCUACAGUGGGUGUGUGGAUUCACCCAAGUGUGUGUGUGUGU